AUGCUAAAAUUUCGAAGUCUUGACACCGCAGGAACAGAACAGUUCACGGCAAUGAGAGAGCUCUACAUGAAGCAAGGCCAGGGCUUCCUCCUCGUCUUCUCCAUCACCAGCAUGUCCUCCCUAAACGAACUCUCCGAGCUGCGCGAACAAAUCAUCCGAAUCAAAGACGACGAAAACGUCCCAAUCGUGAUCGUGGGCAACAAAUCCGACCUGGAAGAAGACCGCGCCGUACCACGUGCUCGCGCAUUCGGUCUAUCCCAGAAAUGGGACAACGCCCCAUACUACGAGACCUCUGCCCGCCGUCGCGCAAACGUCAACGAAGUCUUCGUCGAUCUGUGCCGCCAGAUCAUCCGCAAAGACUCAGAAGGCUCAAGGAGCAGCAGCGAUCCCAACCGCAAGCGCGAAGGCCCGAACCGCCAUGAUCGCAAGAGAGAAAAUCGUCGGCCGAAAAAUCGCCGCAGCCCGUGUAUCAUCCUUUGA